UAUAAAUUUGUCUAUUUUAGGCCAGCGCCAUGCGCGGCUCCAAAAGAAGACCGAGCAUCAAGCCAACGGGCGGCGGUUCUCCGUGUGUGAAGAAGCCCCACUACAACGCCCCCAUCCCACACAAGAGGGAAGAGUUCGCCCCGCACAGUAACCUACCGAAAGAUGUCAACGAUCAGACGAGUCAGUUCGUACCGGAGAUGUCUCUGCGGCGCGAGCAGCCGCCGUGGCUGCAGGAGCCGCCGGUGUUCACACCGUUCGCCCGGUAUGGCUCGGACCGCAGCCAGCCGCCGGCCACUGAGCCGCUGUUCCGUCUACCGGCCACGGGACCGGGCCGGCGGCGUGGCGCCGUGCCGCCGCACAUCGCCGAACGAUGCGUCAUCAAACGAAACAAGUUCACGCGACCGGCCAAAAAGGUGGCCACCCAGUCGUACCUGCAGUGCCGGGUGGACCGCGAACAGUUCCGUCGCAGACUGGUGGAGCUGCUCACCUCCAACGAUGACGACACACUGACCAGCGGGCCGGCCUCCCGUACCGGGUCCGUAACAGAGCUACCCGUGCCCCUGUCGGAGUCAAGCAGCGCCGACCCGUCCGCCCAGGAGCGGGCUCUGCUGCGCUACUACUACUACAUCCACAACGGCAUCGAGACGGGCCAGGUGGCUCCCAUGGCCGACCAGUGGCUGCAGCACAUGGACUCAAUGCUGGCCGCCAAACUCCGGGUGGGUGAGGCUGGUGGGCUCGGCUGA